AUGGCGAACGCGUCCGCGGUGUUCCCGGAACAUGAUGCCACUAGCAGUUUCAAUUUUGCUAAGCAGGAAGAGGAAGUGAUGGCGUAUUGGAGUGCUAUCGACGCAUUUAAAACGUCACUGGAGCAGGCGAAGGGCCGCAAACCUUUCUCGUUCUAUGAUGGCCCACCCUUCGCUACAGGCUUGCCGCACUAUGGCCACCUCCUUGCAGGUACCGUCAAGGACAUUGUCACGCGCUUCGCGCAUUCGACUGGCCACUAUGUGGACCGCCGCUUCGGUUGGGACUGCCAUGGUCUGCCUGUUGAGCAUGAGAUUGACAAGAAGUUGGGUGUGAAAGGCAAGGAAGACAUCCUUGCCAUGGGCAUCCCCAAGUACAACGAGGAAUGCCGUGCCAUUGUCAUGCGCUACCAGGCAGAGUGGCGCUCGACCGUUGAACGCAUGGGCCGUUGGAUCGACUUUGACAAUGGCUACAAGACGAUGGACACCAAGUUCAUGGAGACAGAAUGGUGGGUAUUCAAAACACUGUACGAAAAGGGACAGGUCUACCGUGGCUUGCGGGUCAUGCCGUAUUCUAAUGCUUGCACGACGCCACUGUCCAACUUCGAGGCGGGCAGUGAUUACAGGGAGGUGCAGGACCCCGCCUGUACGGUGGCUUUCACGCUGCGCGAGGAUCCGUCAACGGCCUUCCUUGCAUGGACGACGACACCCUGGACGCUGCCGUCCAACCUUGCUCUUUGUGUGCAUCCCGAACUUGAAUAUGUGAAAAUUUUCGACGAGGAGCGCCAGCGCCACUUUAUUCUGUCACCUAGCCUACUCACGACGGUCUACAAGGACCCUAAGAAGGCAAAGAUCAAGACCGUGGAAAAGUACGUGGGCAAGGACCUCGUUGGCAAAGAAUACGUGCCUCUUUUCCCGUACUUUUACGAGGAAUACAAGGAUCGCGCCUUCCGCGUCCUGUCGGACGAAUACGUGUCGGCGGAUGCGGGUACGGGUAUUGUGCACCAGGCACCUGCGUUCGGUGAGGACGACUACCGUGUAUGCUUGAAGCAUGGCUUGUUCACGAAGGAGGUCCAGCCUCCGUGCCCUCUGGACGAGUCGGGUCGCUUUGUGGAACCCGUGUCGGACUUUCAAGGCAUGCAAGUGAAAGAGGCCGACAAGCUGAUCAUCAAGGACCUGAAGAAUCGUGAUCUUCUUGUGGUGCAGGCGGUCAUUCGCCACCAGUACCCAUUCUGCUGGCGCUCUGGCACGCCCCUGAUCUACCGUACGAUUCCAUCGUGGUUUGUGCGUGUGGAACCCAUUGCUGAGAAGCUGCUGGAAGCGAACAAACAAACGCGUUGGGUCCCUCAGACCAUUGGCGAGAACCGCUUUGGCAAUUGGCUCGCGAAUGCACGCGACUGGAAUGUAAGCCGCAACCGCUACUGGGGCACGCCUAUCCCGCUGUGGGUGAGCGAUGACCUGCAGGAAAUUGUGUGCAUUGGCUCUGUGGCAGAGCUCGAAGAGCGCUCAGGUGUGAAUGGCAUUACGGACCUCCACCGCGACAAAAUUGAUCACAUCACGAUCCCGUCGUCACAAGGCAAGGGUCAUUUGAAGCGCAUCGAGGAGGUGUUUGACUGCUGGUUUGAGUCAGGCAGCAUGCCCUAUGCGCAAGCGCACUAUCCUUUCGAAAAUACAGACAAGUUCGAAACGAGCUUCCCUGCCGACUUUAUCUCAGAGGGUCUCGAUCAGACCCGGGGCUGGUUCUACACUCUGCUGAUCCUGGGUGUGCAUCUGUUUGGCACGGCACCCUGGAAGAACCUCAUCGUGUCCGGUCUUGUCCUUGCAGCCGAUGGAAAGAAAAUGAGCAAGUCACUACGCAACUUCCCAGACCCGGCGCUUGUGAUUAACAAGUAUGGUGCAGAUGCCGUGCGACUUUACAUGAUCAACUCGCCUAUUGUGCGUGCGGAGAACUUGCGCUUCCGCGAGGAAGGCGUCAAAGACAUCAUUGCGAGCGUGUUUUUGCCUUGGCUGAAUAGCUUCCGCUUUUUCUUGGCGCAAGUCGUGCUCCUAAAGAAGGACACGGGCAUCGACUACAAAUACGAUCCCAAUGCCAAGGUAUCUGAAAAUGUCAUGGACCGCUGGAUCCUUGCGCGCUGCCAGAGUCUCAUCGAGUGCGUGCGUGUAGAGAUGGAGAACUACCGUCUGUACACUGUUGUGCCUCGUCUCCUGACCAUGAUCAACGAACUGACGAACUGGUAUAUCCGCUUCAACCGACGGCGUCUGAAGGGUGAGAACGGCCCUGAGGACACUGUGGCUGCCCUUCACUCCCUCUUCGAGACGUUGUACACGGUGUCUUUGACCAUGUCGUCAUUCACACCGUUUAUCAGCGAGAAUCUGUACCAGGGUCUGCGCAAGUUCAUGACCGAGAGUGACCCAAGCAUCGACUAUCGCUCGGUGCACUUCCUGCCGUUCCCUAGUGUCAAGGAGGCGUACCUGGACCCUGUCAUCCAGCGUCGCUUCAGUGCCCUGCAAAGUGUCAUCGAGCUGGGUCGCACGAUGCGUGAGAAGAACAACUUGCCGUUACGUGUGCCACUGCGCGAGCUGACGGUAUUCCACAGCGACCCGCAGUACCUGGAGGAUGUCAAGUCGCUGGCUUCGUACAUUGAGGAAGAGCUGAACAUUCGCGACCUGGUACUCUCGGACGACGAAAAGAAAUGCGGAGUUAACUUCAAGCUCCUAGCCGACUGGCCGGUUCUGGGCCGCAAGUUGCGCAAGGUCAUGGGCAAGGUGAAGAAGGGUCUCGACCAAGUUUCCUCCGAUGAGGCUAAAGCCUAUAUGACCACGGGUCAGAUUACCAUUGAAGGCAUUCCGCUGGGCGAGGGCGACUUGCGUGCGAUGCGCUACGUGGAUGCAACUGCGCUUGGUCCACAUAUUUUGAGCGACUCGGACGGCGCUGUCGUGGUUCUGCUUGAUGGCAUGGUAUACCCUGAGCUGCAGGCAGAGGGUAUGGCGCGCGAUGUAAUCAACCGUAUCCAGCGUCUGCGCAAGAAGGCUGGUUUGCAGGCCACGGACGAGAUCGAUGCCUUCUACCGCUUCACAGACGACAUGGGCCAGGCGCUCGACGAAGUGAUGCGGACUCAGACGGACGUGUUCGUGCGCAACAUCCGCCGCGCCCCGCGCCCUGUAAGCGAGAAGCCCGUAAACGGGGAUGUCGUCUGCGAAGAAGAACAGGAGGUGAACGACAUCAAGUUUAUGCUCACCCUGGUGCGUGCAUAA